AUGAGAUGGCACCAUGAGAGUAGAUUGAAUGAUGGUUCUCUUAGGCAUCUAGCUGAUUCCCUUGCUUGGAAGAAUUUUGACGCUCGGUAUCCAACAUUUUUGUUAGAUCCUCGUAAUGUUCGAUUAGGAGUGGCUUCAGAUGGUUUCAAUCCUUUCAAGACUAUGAGUAUUACUCAUAGCACUUGGCCUGUCAUUCUAAUUCCUUACAAUCUUCCUCCUUGGAUGGUCAUGAAACAACCAUACUUCAUGUUAUCACUAUUAAUUCCGGGUCCAAAAGGUCCUGGAAAUAACAUUGACAUUUAUUUGCAACCUUUAGUACAAGAGUUGCAAGAGUUAUGGGAUGAUGGAAUUGAAACAUUUGAUGCAUAUAAGAAAGAGACAUUUCAACUUCGUGCAGCUAUGAUAUGGACUAUUAAUGGCUUUCCAGCAUAUGCUAACUUGUCUGGAUGGAGUACUAAAGGUCAAUAUGCAUGUCCAUGUUGUGGUAUUGAAACUACCUCGCAGUGGUUACGUCAUGGUAAAAAAAUUUGCUACAUGGGUCAUCGUCGUUGUUUAUCUCCCAAACAUAAGUGGAGAUUGAAUAAUAGGGAUUUGGAUGGAACACGAGAGCUAAGGAGCCCUCCUAAAAGACUUGAUGGGACUGAUAUUUUAAGACAAAUAGAUGAAUAUAGAGAAAAAGGUCUAGCAAAUGGAGCACAACCUUGGAAAAAGAAGAGCAUUUUCUUCACAUUGCCUUAUUGGCAAUAUAAUGUAUUGCGUCAUAAUCUUGAUGUGAUGCACAUUGAAAAGAAUGUAUGUGACAACAUUAUUGGUACAUUGUUAAACCAAGAGGGAAAAUCCAAAGAUAAUUAUAAGGCACGAGCUGAUCUUGUAGAUAUGGGCAUAAGAAGUAUGCUCCAUCCUCAACCAAGUCCUAAUAUAACUACAACGCGUUUGCCUAGAGCAUGCUAUCAAAUGACUAACAAAGAAAAGGAAUCUUUCCUAAGCAUUCUCAAGAAUGUAAAAACUCCAGAUGAAUGUUCAUCAAACAUCCCACGUUGUGUGCAUGUCAAGCAACACAAGAUGUUUGGAUUGAAAAGUUACGAUUGUCAUGUUUUGAUGCAAGAGCUUCUUCCAGUAGCAUUACGGGGUUCAUUGCCAGAUAAAGUCACUUCAGUGUUAGUUGAUCUUUGCAAUUUCUUCAAGCAAAUUUGUUCUAAGGUACUUAAUGUGGAAUUUCUAUCACAAUUGGAGUCUCAAAUAGUUAUCACACUUUGUCAGUUGGAAACAAUUUUUCCUCCUUCAUUUUUUACUGUUAUGAUGCAUUUGGUAAUUCAUUUGGCACACGAAGCCCAAGUUGCUGGACCGGUACAAUAUCGAUGGAUGUAUCCGAUUGAGAGGUUUCUUCUUACUCUUAAGUCCUUUGUACAAACUAGGUUCAGUAGACCUAACAGAAAUGACGAUGAAGUGUCUGGAAGGCCAUUAGGGAUAAAGAAACAACAAAAGUUACGAUUAGGGAAGAGGAAGAAAGUGAGUAGAACUAAACUUGACAAGAAAGAGUUAGCACAUGCACAUAGAUAUGUGCUUUCUAAUUGUGAUGCAGUUGCUCCAUUUAUAGAAGACCACAUUUUACAUCUUAAGAGACAGUGUCGACCACGACGAUUGACACAACUUGAAAUUGACAGGCAACAUGGUCAUAAAUUUAUUGAGUGGUUUAAACUCAGAUCCAGUGUAUGGAUGAACAAAAGAGCUCAGAAGUUACUCAUGAACUUAGAUGGUUAUCCCGUGGACCAUCUGAGUAUCAAGAAAGAUAAGUUUGGCAUGACGCUUGUCAAUUUCAAAUUUUUAAAACAUAAUGGGAAAAAUAUUUGUGAUGACCCAUUUGUGUUUGCAUCACAAGCUAAAAAGGUGUUUUAUAUAUAUGAUGAGAGAAACAAGGAUUGGCUUGUUGUUCUCAAUGCAAAAGUUAGGGAUAUAUAUGAUAUGGGUGAUGAGGAAUCUAAUGAAAUUGAAGAAAUUCAUGGGCAACUAAUGGGCGAUACAAAUGAUGAGGAAGACGAAUGA